CCCCCUCAUGUAGGCUCCGCCCAUUCUCUCCACGGCCCCGCCCCCUCCCAUUCAUAACCCCGCCGCCGCUCCCGCUGUCCCGUCUCGGGCUGCGCAGCAUCACCAGCAAAGCCAUGGCUGAAGGGGAAGAGGAGGAGGUACCGCCCCCCAAGGAGGAGGAGGAGAGGGGGGGGGCGCCCCCCCCACAGGCCCCCCCUUUGCGCCGCAAAUCUUCUGCCAAUUAUAAAGCCUACGCCGUGGAGCCACACGCCAAGAGAAAGUCCAAGAUCUCGGCCUCUCGGAAGCUGCAGCUGAAGACGCUGCUGCUGCAAAGGGCGAAGCGGGAGCUGGAGCGCGAGGAGCAGGAGCGGGGGGGCGAGAAGCAGCGGCUGCUGGGGGAGCUGUGCCCCCCCCUCCAGCUGGAGGGGCUGGGGGCGGCCCAGCUGCAGGAGCUGUGCCGGGAGCUCCACUCCCGCGUGAGUCGAGUGGAUGAGGAACGGUACGACCUGAGCACUCGCGUCACCAAGAACCUCAACGAGAUGGAGGAGCUGCGCCGGCGGGUGGUCGGGAGCCGGUUCGUGCGUCCGACCCUGCGCCGCGUCCGUCUGUCGGCCGACGCCAUGAUGGCGGCUCUGCUCGGCUCCAAGCACCGCGUCGGCACCGACCUGCGCGCCGGCCUGCGCCAAGUGCGCAAGGACGAGGGCGAGAAGGAGAGCCGCGAGGUCGGCGAUUGGAGGAAGAACGUGGACGCUCUGAGUGGGAUGGAGGGGAGGAAGAAGAAGUUCGAGGGGGCCACGGCCUGAGGCAGCUGCAGCCGCAAAUGGAUCCUCGGCAGCGUCCGACACGUUCUGCCCCCCCAAUAAAUGCCCCCCCAAUAAAUGCCCCCCAAUAAAUGCCCCCCCAAUAAACGCCCCCUCACAAAUAAAUGCCCCCCCUUUCACCCCCCCAAUAAAUACCC